AAAAGUGAAACGAAAGUGAAACAGACAGCACAUGAAGCUCAGAUGAGACCUAUGUCAUUGCUCUGCCGCCUCGGACACUUGAUGUCUCUGAUGGCCUGUCUUCUCUACAACACGCUGUCGCCUGUGUUUGGCUGGUUAUGGCGCUGGCUCCGUCCUCGGUUUCUCCGUGUUACAUCUUAUAUAGUCACAUCUGCGCGGUUAGCGUUAGGCUGGACGGAGGACACCGGAAGAAGAAGAGAGAAUUUUGAGAUCAGCGACGACGACGACGACGACCCUCCAGUGAAGAGUCACCCGGUUAUAGUGACGUCGCCUGAGGAUCAACGGGAGCCUUUGGGUAGGGUCGGGGUCGCAGGCUCACUCAGAUGGCCCGCAGACCAACCGGCGAUGCGUAAGGACACAAAACCAGCUGAGCAUCAGCGUGACGAAGAGUAUGAUGACGAAGAUGACGAAGAUGAUGAUGAAGAGUAUCGAGUGAAGACGACAGACGAGCUGUACUGUUGUUACGAUUCAACCUGGGAGACUGAGGAGACCCAGGAGAGCAUGCACACGGGCCCCAGGGGCCACAGGAGGCCAGCAGCGUCCCGCAGAUAUUACAAAUUCAGCAGAUUUGAAAGUGCUGCAAGAGACAUGCAGAACUACAGGCAUGACUACCCUACCAGGCCGCAACAUUGGAUGAAUCCAGUAUCUAACGGUACACCUAAUUUGAAUUUCUACCUCGGACAUGAGCCCUCUGUGCCUGACGGUGUCUACAUCCACACGUUUCACGAUGUGUGGCUUGGAGACUAUCAGAGACUGGAGUAUGUACACACUUAUAUCCAAUGGUUGUUCCCACUGCAAGAACCAGGGAUGAACUACCAGGCCAGUCCAUUGACCAAAGAAGAAAUUCAGGGUUUUCUUGAAAACAGCAUUGCAAAGGAAAAUCUGUUGAAGUCCUACAAGCUCAUGUUGGACUUCUAUGGUAUCGAGUUGUGUGAUGAGAGAACGGGAGAAGUCAAGAGAGCAAAAAACUGGAAAGACAGAUUCAACAACCUCGACGCUCACAGUCACAACAACCUGCGCAUCACCCGCAUCCUGAAGUGCCAGGGAACCCUGGGUUACCCUCACUACCAAGCCCCCCUGGUCCGCUUCUUCCUGGAGGAGACUCUCGUCAAUGGACAACUCCAAAGUGUCAAGGACAGUGUUCUUAACUACUUUGUGUUUGCUGUCCUCGAUAAGAAGGAACGCAGGAGUCUCAUCGAGUAUGCCUAUAUGAACUAUGACCAUAAAGACGAGUUUGUAUGGUGCCCAAGGAAAAUUCAGAUGAUGUGGUCUAAGCGGUUUUGAGUCUGGAUAAUGCAAAAGCCAAAGACCUGCUAAAUGCUGCUGCCUAAGCAAAAUGCACUACUAAAUAAUCAUUACAGACUCAGUUACACGCAGGAAAUUACAAUAUGUGUGAUAUUUGUUGUCAAACUUGAUACUGCCAAUUAAACUUGACAAUAGCACAUCAAUUUUAUACUUAUUUUUAUUAUACAGGUUUAGAUAAAUUGGACAAAUGAAGAUUUGUAAGACUUGUAUGAGCCUGAUUGUGCGUAAUAAGCCUGUAACAACAGUUUGCAAUGCUUUAUCUAAUAUCUUCUUUUCGGAUUGUAUUCACAUAACAUUUUUUGUUCGAACAAUCGGUUUUGUGUAUGGGAGUUGUGUCACUGGUUAACUGCACCAAAGUGACUUGUUUGUACUAAGGUGAUACUGUUUCUUUUAGAUUGAGUUUCGUUAACUUCGAGGAAAGCCACUGACAUCUUUCUGAUGCAGGACUCCUGUGGUGCAAAAAAGUUCUUGAUUGUUACAAAUGUUAAAUAAAUUACUUGGUUGCAUUAACA